CACACGCUCCUCCAUCAGGACUAAUUUCACCAACUUCUUAACUCUCCGUCUCGACGUGAGCCUCGUUGGGGAGGACAGACCUCAACUUUGAGCAGCAGAGAUCACCUUUAUCAUCUUUGUGGCUGUUAACUUCUUCUGUGGGUGCCAGUUACAAAAGGCGUGUAUUCAAUCCUCCCCAGUCGCCAGUGACCCUGUUAGCCAGCUUUAAUGUCAACUCUCUGGCUCCAAAGUGGCAGGAAUUACCCCUCUUUCAGUCUCCAAUCAGGACAAAAAGAAGAGAAACGUGGCAAAAUGCAGAGCUUGACUCGUUUUCAACCCUUGAGCUUUUUUCAGAGUCUGUCUGCUCUUGCUUUCUGGUGAAACACGAGGUCAGGACUGUCAAAACCCUCAGGGUUUUGACAUUUCAGCUUUUUUUUUUCUCUCUCUCUUUAAUUUUUGCUCCUCUUCUGGCUUCAGUGCAUUUUGGAGGGGAGCCCAAAUGAUGGGUUGGUGCUGCUCAGGCGUACGCAGAGCCCUGGCUCUCCUGGCGCUCCUGUUUGUCUUGCAGGAGAGGGGCUGCCGGGGGCUGGAUCCCGGCUCUGGGGAGCUGGAGAAGUCCCCGCAGUCUGAUCCAGACCCCUGGGAGGUUCUGCACAGGCACAAACGCAGCUGGGUAUGGAACCAGUUCUUCGUAUUGGAGGAGUACACGGGAAAUGAACCGCUCUAUGUUGGCAAGCUACACUCAGAUGUAGACAAAGGGGACGGCAGGGUGAAGUACGUGUUAACUGGCGAGGGCGCCUCUUCCAUUUUCACAAUUGACGAGGACACGGGAGACAUCCACGCCACGAAGCGCCUGGACCGAGAGGCUCAGGCGUAUUACACCCUCCAGGCUCAAGCUGUAGACCGAUUCACCAACAUCCCUGUUGAGCCCAGGUCGGAGUUCGUGGUCAAGGUGCAGGACAUCAAUGACAACGAACCCAAAUUUCUCGAUGGGCCGUACCUGGCAGGGGUACCAGAAAUGUCACCCUUAGGAACCAUGGUAGUGCAAGUGGUGGCCACGGACGCAGAUGACCCGACAUACGGCAGCAGCGCCCGGGUGGUCUACAGCAUCAUCCACGGGCAGCCCUACUUCUCAGUGGAGCCAAAAACAGGUGUCAUCAGAACCGCUUUGUCCAACAUGGACAGAGAGACGAGGGACCAGUAUGUGCUGGUCAUCCAGGCCAAAGACAUGGUGGGCCAAAUGGGAGGACUCUCUGGCACCACCUCCGUCACGGUCACGCUCACCGACGUCAACGACAACCCGCCGCGCUUCGCCGACAAGGGCUAUCAGUACACAGUGCUGGAAUCGCUGCCGGUGCAAUCUGUGGUGGCCAGAAUCAAAGCGGCAGAUGAUGAUAUAGGCUCCAACGCAGAGAUAGACUACAGGAUCAUGGACGGCGACGGGCCCGGCAUGUUCAACAUAACGACGGAUGAGAACACACAAGAGGGGGUCAUUAUCCUGAAAAAGCCCUUAGACUUUGAGACAAAAAGUGGCUUCGCCCUGAAAAUCGAAGCCACAAACAGGAAUAUCGACUCCAACUUCUUGAUGUUGGGCCCAUUCAGCGACAUUACGUCAGUCAAGGUGACGGUGGAAGACGUGAACGAGCCGCCCGUCUUCUCCUCAACACUUAAAGAGUUGGUCGUUUCGGAGGACGCCAAAGUGGGAACCUCGAUAGGGAGAGUCUCUGCACAUGACCCGGAUACCAUCAACAGCUCAAUAAGGUACUCCAUUGACAGGAACACGGACUUGGAGCGCUUCUUUAAUGUGGACGCUCUGAGUGGCAUCAUCAGCACCGCCAAGCUUCUGGACCGAGAAGCCAACUCUGUCCAUAACCUCACCAUCUUUGCCAUAGAGAGCCAGGAUCCAACUCAAAUUGGGAGAGGAAUCGCUCUCGUCACGGUGCUGGACAUAAAUGACAACGCCCCAGUUUUUGCCAUCGACUAUGAAACUCUUCUUUGUGAAAACGCCAUGCCAGGACAGAUAAUCCAGACCAUCAGUGCAGUGGAUAAGGAUGAACCAUUGAGCGGUCAUCGCUUUUACUUUAGUCUGGCUGCAGCCGUCGUCGGCAACCUCAACUUUACUCUCCGUGACAACAAAGACAACACAGCAUCCAUAUUAACGAAGCGAGGUGGCUUCAGGAGACGCGAGCAGCCCGUCUAUCGACUCCCCGUGUUGAUCGUGGACAGUGGAAGUCCCGCCCUCAGCAGCACAAACACACUGUCGGUGCGUGUGUGCGAGUGCGACUCCGACGGCGUGGCCUUGUCUUGUGGCGCCGUGGCCUACACGGCCACCGGCCUGAGCACCGGCGCCCUUCUGGCUAUUCUGGGCUGCAUCCUCACUCUUUUGGUGAUGGUUCUUCUAAUCGUUAUGAUGCGGCGGAGGAGGAAGGAGCCUCUGAUUCUUGAGGAGGAGCGAGACAUCAGAGAGAACAUUGUCCGCUAUGACGACGAGGGAGGGGGAGAGGAGGACACGGAGGCCUUCGACAUGGUCACCCUUCGAAACCUCAACAUCAUCAGGGACCCCAACGUGCGGAGAGACGUCACACCCGACACUCCGACUUUCUUUCAGUACCCCUCAGCCUCCCGCCCAUCCUACAAAUCCCUGCCGGACAACGUGGUGUUCCGAGAGUUUAUCUGGGAGCGGCUGAAGGAUGCGGAUGUGGACCCAUCAGCUCCCCCAUACGACUCUCUGCAAACAUACGCCUUUGAAGGCAGCGGCUCUGUAGCCGAGUCGCUAAGCUCGCUGGAGUCAUUAAGUACAGACUCAGAUCAGAACUAUGACUAUCUCAGCAACUGGGGACCGCGCUUUAAAAAGCUGGCCGAUCUGUACGGCAACAGCGAGGGCACUAGCGUCUUCUCAUAGCCCCCACGAGUCUUUCCUAACAUCUCUCGGACUUUAAAAUAUACGAGUAAUUUAUUGUCAGAGAAAAUGAUUUUUGUCUGCCUUAGUGCAUUGGAGAAGAAAAUAUUCAAAGACAACACACAAGACUGAAGGAAAAAUGCUUGACUUCAAAAGUUUUCGGUUUGUUUACCUCCCUGUAUGGAUUUUCAAAAGCAUACCACAGCAAGUUUUGACACAGACUUCAAAAGUGGCUUGACUCGGGAGGAAACCUUGUGUGCAAAAGACAUUAAAGGUUUCACAUUUUGGGCCCUAGUCCAACUGUUGACUGCAGAAUGCAUUACAUGUUGAAGCUUUUCUUUUUUGGGGGGGUUUCGGGGAGGCACCUGUCCUUUCAGUCCAGCGACGGUCACAGGCUCAGCACUCUCACUUUGAUGCAUUCCUUUACUGUCUUUGUGCUAAAAAAAAACCCCACAAAAGUUUCUCAUGAAAUGCUGUCUCCUUGGCAGCUAAUCAGUAGUCACUUGACUGCACAUAUGAAAUAUGAGAAUAGGUUAACGUUUUUUUCCUUUCUAUAUCUGGUUCUUUUUUCCCCCAUAAAUAUGUACAUCAUUGCUGCAGCCACAUCACUCAUGGACUCAAUCAUAUCGCUCAGCAUUAUAAGAAGUGCAGCUGUGCACAUACGGUACAGUAAAAUCUCAUCUUUGAUGUGCUAAGGAAGUGAUGUGAAUCGUAAAAAGAGUGACAUUCUCAUCAUUUUGAUGCCUUCGAUGGUUCCGACAGAAAAAAGCAUCUUUUUUUUUUCUUCUCUGAACAAUACGUUUUGCAGAUGUUGCAAA